AUGGCUACACAAACACAAACUUCAGCAACAACAUCAUAUUCAUCAUCAUCAGGUCCUAGCAAUACAAGCAUAACAUUAACUGGUUUGGGAAACCUAAUAAGGCUUCUUCCAACUGGAACAGUUUUUUUCUACCAAUUCAUGAACCCUAUUUUAACCAACAAUGGAAGUUGCAGCUCCACAAACAAGAUCUUCUCAAGCUUACUGUUUGCAGUUUGUGGGCUUUCUUGCUUCUUCUCAACUUUUACAGACAGUUACAAAGAUGAUCAAGGGAACCUUCAUUAUGGGAUUGCCACUUUCAAGGGUUUCUGGCCAACUUCUUCUGAUCCAUCAUCAACUACUUCUAUUGACUUCAAGUCUUAUAGGCUUCAAGUUGGAGAUUUUGUUCAUGCUUUAUUGUCUUUGAUUGUGUUUUGUGUCCUCUCUUUGUUGGAUAACAAUACGGUUCAUUGCUUUUAUCCUUCUUUUGAGUCUUCUGAGAAGGCUCUCAUGAUGGCUUUGCCUCCGGUUAUCGGUUCCGUCGCCGGAGCUGUGUUUACCACUUUUCCGAUGAGGCGCCGUGGUGUUGGAUAUGCUGAAAGUUCUUCUUCUUCUUCUUCGUCGUCGUCUAAUGCCGGAACAGUGAAACCGGCGGCUUCUUCCGGCCAGCAAACCCCGGCUCAAAAUGUUUAA